CGCUGUCCCUGUCCCGGCCCCGCCCCCGGCUGAUGCAAGGCGCCCGACCGGCCACGGUGGCCCCGCGCCCCCCGCCCGGCGGCAGGUUUUCAUUUGGGCUCUGGGGGCCGGUGAGUGAGUGUGAUUGGCGGGGGGUAGCGGGGUGUUGCACGUGGAGCACACGCGUGCGUGUCUGGUGCCCAUGCGGGGAGCUGUGUUUGGAAUUGCGUGCGGGUGGGCGGUUCCCGGGGUCUGGAGGGAGCUGGUGUGAAUGAGUGUGCGAGCGAGUGCUCAGGUGCGGGCCGUUCCCGUGUCAGUGUGCGUGGCCCCGGCCCCCUCCCGCCCGCCAUGGAGAAAGUGAAGCCAGAGGAGGGGACGAGCCCUGGGGAGCUCUGCCUGGGGGGUCUGCCGGAGGAGCCCCCCGCCCGCCCGGCCUGGAGCAGCAAGGUUGAAUACAUCCUGGCGCAGGUCGGCUUCUCCGUGGGGCUCGGCAACGUCUGGCGCUUCCCCUACCUAUGCCACCAGAACGGGGGAGGAGCCUUCAUCCUCCUCUACCUCCUGAUCCUCCUGGUGGUGGGGAUCCCCCUCUUCUUCCUGGAGCUGGCGGCCGGGCAGAGCAUCCGUCAGGGCAGCAUCGGGGUCUGGCAGCACUUCAGCCCCCGCCUGGUCGGCAUCGGCUUCGCCAGCUGCGUGGUCUGCGGGUUCGUUUCUCUCUAUUACAACGUGAUCAUCGCCUGGAGCCUCUUCUACCUCGGUAACUCCUUCCGCGCCACCCUGCCCUGGGCCAGCUGCCCCCUCGGUGCCAACCACAGCCAGCCAGAACCCGAAUGUGCCCAGAGCUCCCCCACCACCUACUUCUGGUACCGGAAGGCGCUGGACGUGAGCGAGUCGAUCGGUGUCAGCGGGGGGGUGAACUGGGCCCUGGCCGGCUGCCUGCUGGGCGCCUGGGUCCUGGUCUGCGGCGCCCUCAUCCGGGGCAUCAAGUCCUCGGGCAAGGUGCUGUAUUUCAGCUCCCUCUUCCCCUACGUGGUGCUGCUGUGCUUCCUGGUGCAGGGGCUGCUGCUGGACGGGGCGGCCGACGGCGUCCGCAUCAUGUUCACCCCCCAGCUGGCAGUCUGGGGCGACAUGCAGGUCUGGCGCCAGGCGGCCACCCAGGUCUUCUUCUCGCUGGGGCUGGGCUUCGGGAGCGUCAUCGCCUACUCCAGCUACAACCCACGGCACAACGACUGCCACGCCGACGGGCUGCUGGUGGCCGGCAUCAACUUCCUCACCUCGCUGCUGGCCACGCUGGUCGUCUUCGCUGUGCUGGGCUUCCGGGCCACCACCAUCGCCAGGGCCUGCGUGGCAAGGAACAUGGAGCUGCUGGCCCAGCUGCUGGGGACCGGGGCUCUGCCCACCCUGGAGCUGCCCACCCUGGACCCGGCGGCACUAUCCCCACCGCAGUACAGCACCUGGUACCACAGGCUGCCCGCCGAGCUGGGCACGGCGCUGCAGGGACACGGUGUCACCGACUGCCGGCUGGAGGACGAGAUGAACAAGGGCGUGGAGGGCACCGGCCUGGCCUUCAUCACCUUCACGGAGGCCAUGACCCUGUUCCCGGCCUCCCUGUUCUGGUCCAUCCUCUUCUUCCUCAUGCUGUUGAACCUGGGAUUGAGCACCAUGCUGGGCAACAUGCAGGGCAUCCUCACCCCCCUGCUGGACCGCUACCCCCCCCUGCAGCGCCGUGCCACCGUCUUCACCGUGCUGUGCUGCGCCGGCGGGUUCCUGUUGGGUCUGAUGUUCGUGCAGCGCUCGGGCAGCUACUUUGUCGCCAUGUUCGACGACUACUCGGCCACCCUGCCCCUGGUGGCCGUCGUGUCCUGCGAGGCCAUCUCCGUGGCCUGGGUCUACGGGACAGACAGGUUCCUGGCGGAGGUGGAGGACAUGCUGGGCUGGCGGCCCUGGUGGAGGGGCUGGCGGCCCUGGCGGCUCUACGGCUACAUGUGGCGUUACGGCAGCCUGCUGGCCAUGCUGGGGCUGCUGCUGGCCAGCCUGGGGCAGAUCUGCCGCAGCCCCCCCACCUACCAGGCCUGGGACCGGGCGCAGGCGGAGGAGACGCGGGUGCCGUACCCACCCUGGGCGCUGGCCAUGCUGAUCUUGCUCAUCGUCCUGGCCACCCUGCCCAUCCCCGCGCUCUACAUCCGGCAGCUGGCGUGGGAGUGGCAGGCGCGGCGCCGCCAGCAGGGGGCACCCCCCAGAGUGGAGCCGGAGGAGGAGGAGGCGGAGAGCCCGGCUGACCCCGAGUGCUCGGCCAACGGGUACCUGCCCGUCCGCACCCAGGAGCUCCCCAAGGGGGGAGAAGAGGCUGGGGCCUUCCUACUGGGGGGGGCAAAGUAAUGGGGGGAUACGAGGGGGUAGAGGUCAAAGGUCAUUGGAGGGGAGCAUCUGUGACCCCUCCCCGUAGGUGGGGCUGGCUCCCCGUGGUAUGUGCCCCCCUGCCCAGGGCGGGCACUGGGCUCGAUUGGUGGAGCUGGGAGAGAGCCAAGGACUCCUAUUGGUGGGUCGAAAGAAGGCGCCUUCUCUGAUUGGUGGAGGGGGAAGCGCUGAUCACUUGGCGCGUGGAGCCAAAGGACCAAUAAGGCGAAGGAAGAACAAAGCAACCCCCGAUUGGUGGACUUGUGUGGCACGGCAGCCUCUGAUUGGUGGACUGAGGAGGAUUUCUCCCCCUGCCCUCCAGUGGAGGAGGCAGUGAGGGGGAGACCAACUGCAGUGCAGGGUCUUCCCCUCCCCCCACUCUCCACUUGGGGCGGCCAUGUUGUUCCCGCGGCGUUGGCCGCGGGCGGCCAUGUUGUCUUCCUCCCAGUGCCGCCCGUGCCCCGCUGAGGUGUACGUCCCGUCCUCUGUCCCAGAGGGCCUGGCCAUUGGGGCCUUCUAGAAACAUGGUGCUAACUAACCCCUCUGCUGGCGGGCUGGAGCCACCAGCCCCCCACUCGUGCCAAGCCUGGCCUAGCUGGGCCCCACACAAGUGCCUAAGCCUCUGGGGCAGACGGGGGCGUCUACUGCCAAGAUAUGGGGCCAGAUUUCGUUGUCGGGGGCCAGGCCAUUGACAGCCACAGCCCGAGGGCCCCCCUGCUGCCGCCCGUCUCGCCAAUGAGGGUUGAGGGGCAGGUUCAUCCUGCCGGGAAGGGGGGGAGGGGGCGGUGUCUGCCCCAUAGCGUGUGCGUGGAAACGGUGUACAAUGGGGGCGAGUCUAGGGUCGUGGGACGGGAGGCCUGGUGAGGCAGUUGUUAUUUACACCCGGUGCUGCCACACUGCGGAGGGGAAAGCCCAGGCUGCAGCUGUUGUCUACACUAAUGGUAGCAACGGUGCCAUGGGGGAGCCGGGGCUGGGGGGCUGGCUGGCCCUGCUGGAUCUGGCUCCCGCCUUGCACUGCUCUGGACUGGGAGGGGCGGCAGUCGGACACCUGGGGCCUCUUUUUAAAGGGAAAGUUGCCACAAUGCUGCUGGUCCUGGCGUAUUUUGGUGGGUCUUAUUCCCCCUCCUGCUAACGGGGGGAGGGGUCACCCCAUAGGAUCCAAGGCUAAGAACAGAGGGGCUGAGCCCCACAGCAUUAAUGUAUUGUCAUCUAGCCAUUCCCCCUCCAUCCCUCACACCAUCCAAUCGCCAUCUAUCCACCCCCCAUGGCUCCAUUCCCCUCGUCCCCCUGCCCCAAGGUGCCUCGUUAGCUCGCCUGGGCUCAGCCCCUCUCUGCGUCUGACCCACCGGCCCUGGAUGGAGAAGAUUCUGUCUGACAGACACUACCAGACUCACCCAACAGCCACAACGGUACGUGCGGGGAGGGGGCUGGGCCAGGCCUCCGGCCUCCUGGGUUCAAUUCUUGCCCUGGCCACCGGCUCCCCUGCCUUGCUGGGCCUCAGUUUUCCCCAUCUUUAAAAUGGGGGUUGCGCUUCCUUGAUCUGUUUAGAUUGUAAAUUUCUCAGAUCAGGGCGAUCUCGCUGGGGUACUAAGCAGUGGGGGGGGGGGUGGUAUCUGGAAAUCUCUUGCCCGCUGUGGGAGCUCUCGCUGGCCCGCGGGGGCCAGGGAUGGGCUGGAUUCCACGGGGGGACGGGGAACCACAGCCCCUCAGCAGGUGGGCGCGGGAGGGUGUGUUACUGACACUAUUGUUUUCACGGUGCUAUUCUUGCCUGAACAAUAAAGAUGUUUUGUUCA